UUGCUCACAAUAUACGGUUCCUCAGUUGGUGCUCGAGCAGUUUGCAAGCAAGGUCAGGUCUUUGGGAGAACGUAAAGUCUUCAAAGACUCGCCUUCCAGUUGUGAGUUAGACGGACAUGGCGCGGUUCACUCAUUUCGUUCUUCUUCUGCUUGUGUCUGUGUAUCUUACCGACGCCAAACGACAACAGACACCUCCCAAGAACCAGGAUGCCGAUGAUGCGGACACGUCGGACCAGUGUCCCGAGCCGUUCGGAUUCUUCGCUGACGCGGAGCAAUGCGACAAGUACUACGAAUGCAACGACGGUCAGAUAACGGAGAAACUGUGCCCGGACGGUAUGGUGUUCAACGACUACAGCAAGGAGUACGAGAAGUGCGAUCUGCCCUUCAACAUCGAUUGCAGUUCGAGACCAAAACUCCAACAACCCCAACCAUCGUUGCACUGCCCCAGGAAGCACGGUUAUUUCGGCCAUGAGGAGCCACAUAUCUGUGAUAAAUUCUACUACUGCGUGGACGGUCAGUUCAACAUGAUAACCUGUCCCAACGGGUUGGUCUACAACGAGAAGGCUGGGAUAUGUUCUUGGCCGGAUGAGGCCAAGAAGAAGGGAUGUUCUUCAGCAGAGGUGUUCAACUUCGACUGCCCCAAGGUGAACGAGACAGAGGGUCUGACCCAUCCCCGUUACGCCGACCCUGACGAUUGCCAAUUCUUUUACGUUUGCAUAAACGGAAACACACCCAGAAGGAGCGGAUGCAAGCUGGGCCAGGCCUUCGACGACGCGUCCAAGAAGUGCGAGUGGGCCAGGAAGGUCCCAGAAUGUACUGACUGGUACAAGGGUAGGUUGACUGACGAGGAAUUGGCAGCCCUGGAAAAUCCCCCGACGCCCAAGCCACGUCCGGUCAAGGUCAGCAGGAGGAAGCCUUCGAAAGCCCCGAAACAACAGUUGCGCGUUGUGGAACAAGAGGAGGAUGUAGAAUAAUGUAGUUUUAAUUUAUUGAAUUAGAUUGUCGAUAAGUCAAUAAAGAAUUUUAUUUUU